CUUAGGAGUGGCUCUCCUAAGGAAAAGCAGCAGCUCACCAAAGAAAAGCCUACAAAACACCAUUAUCAGGCAGGCUCUGGUGCAACAUUAAAAGAUGAUGAGGAAGUAUUUUGAAAUGGGAUGCCUGAAAAAAUUCUGGUAACUUCAGCAGGAAAUUUAGGCAACAGUGCUCAUAACACAAGUCAGUCAUAUAGGGAUCUUCACACAUCUGUUGAAGUUUUGCCACUGGAAGAGAAGUAAGCCUUUUUACAAAUGGGAUAUGCAUUGUGUUAAAGAACUGUAGAUCUUUAGCAAUUGUAGCUGUUAAUACAGCUCUGUGAUUAUAUAUAGAGACUCUUGUGUUACAUUUAAUGUAGCAUUUCAGUUCAUCUUUAUUGAAGAUAUUUAUGAAGAGAUUUACUCAUGUGGAAUAUUGUCCAGUGGUAUGUCUAAUGUCUUUUGCUCCCUAUGCCACAUAUGCUCCUCAACUUAUGUAGCACAAGGGAGAGGCAGUGUGUGCAGAACGCAGCCCAGGAUAAGGUGAUGCAGAGCAAGACCUUUAUGUUCUGGCUCUAAGUCUGUAAAGGACCCUUUGUACAGGAAACAGUGGCUCUCAGAGGACAGCAGGAGGUCUGCUGCUUCAGGAGAGUUAGAAGGCAGUGACAUCUAAUUCCUGUAGAUUUAGAAGGUGAGUGAAGGGAAUCCAAAUGUGUAUCUGUGCCAGAUGAGCAAAUUUCUGCAUGAGUCAGUAGCUCAUCAUGCUGUGAUGCACAGAGGCUGGGAGCUUAUGUGGAGGGCAGUCCCAGCUCUGCUAGUGUGGAUGGAGGGUUCUUGUUUCCCUAAGUUGUACUGGGGUUUUUGGUGAUCCAUUCUGCUGCAGCUAGUCCUGCCCCUGGACAGAUUUUACACUGUCUACUCUUGUCAGUCAGUACCCUUCUUAAGUGGGUUUCACAAAACAGGAUAUCAGCUUGUGUUUUAUGCCCAGCUUCUCCAGCCCUGAGUCUGCCAAACCAGUGAUGAUUCUUGUAGAGGGGUUUCUUAAAUGCAGAGUUGUGUGCAACACUGAUACGUUCCUGAGGUUCUGGCUUUGAAAGGUAAUUGUUUACAUGUGACACAGAACUGUUAGCUUUUAGUCACUGGAAUGUGCAAUAUAAAAGUAAGUAUUAGAAGUUGAGUAUUGUGGGUUUUUUAAGAGCAGCAUGACCUCCUUGUAAUGUUACUGCUGUAGUUCACUGAUCAGGUGAAAAGGUAAUGUACUCUUUUGAGCUACUGGCUGGCAACAUAUAUUUACAUUCCUAAAUUAAUGCUCUCUUAUAGACAUGUGAAAAACACCAUAGUGGGUGGGGUUUUUUAUACUUUUUAACACUUCAAAGUGUUAAGGCACUCUCCCUAGAAAAUACUGUGCAGGUUAUUUUUCAAUUUUCCAGAACAACCAAGCAAAGUCCCUGUACAACUGCCAUAUUUCUUGCAUAUUUACAACAACUUUUUGCAAUCUCCCCUCACAAAAAAAGUCCUGAAAUUCAAAGAUGAAAUGUGAUCCUUCCUUAAUUAAACUUGCGUCAGCUUUCUCACAUUAACCUAACUAGCAAUUUUAUGUCCUAUUUCUGAGCCUAUUAUGAAGAUAACCUCACCUUUUAAUUCACAGUCAUGGUAAUCAUAGUUACUGUUGGUCUCCUAAGGUAUCUUUGAAAGAGCUGCUUCCUACCAGAAGGGCUUGCUAUUUCAUAGUUACUUCUGUUUAGUCCCUUGCUUAGGCUUAAAUUAAACUUAAUUCAUCCAAAGCAUUUAGGUGUUCCUGGUUCCCAGUUUUAUAUGUGGUUUCUCAUGGAAGUAUCUCCCAAGUGAGAUCACUGCCCAGAACUGUUACUUUAUGGGACUGUCUAAUCAUAUUUCAGUUCCAGAAAAGGACUUGCAUGUGAAUAGUCUAGCUCACUUACAGGUCUAACAUUUGGUCCUUCAGCAAUGUUGAGGAAGUGAUGACCCAAGUUUUGGCACCACUUGGACUGGGUGGAUGUAAAUAACAGCCAGGUCUGCUGUCCAGUCUAGAAGCAGCCUUUUCACAUGAUUUUUUUUUAACAACAGUUCCACUUUAAUACCAAUUUCCUACUAACUGAAUCUCAUUUUUUUUCUAAGGCUUUUUGUUAAGGAGCAUGUGAACCACUGAGAUUAUGUAUAGUUAAGCUGUGAUGGUCUGCACCUCUCUUGCAAUUUGUCCAAGAAUACAACACAAACACAGCUGUUUUGCAUAGAAGAACUCCUAUAAGAUUUGACAGCCAGUUAUUCCAGCUGAAGCUGUGGUGUAGAAGAUAAUGGAUAAUGAAGAACUGAGCCCAUGAUCCAGUAGCUAGUGAAGUCAGUCAAAGAGCAUGUUUCCACAUAGAGAGUUAUCCAUCAGUCACAAAACAGCUCAACCAAGUGGUUGGUACUAAAAUGAUAUGGGUGGCUGUCAUUGGUGACUGGUUCAACCUCAUAUUUAAAUGGAUUUUAUUUGGCCAUCGCCCUUACUGGUGGGUGCAAGAAACAAUGAUUUAUCCUAAUCAGUCAAGCCCAUGCCUUGAACAGUUUCCUAUAACAUGUGAAACUGGACCAGGAAGUCCAUCUGGACAUGCUAUGGGAUCAUCCUGUGUUUGGUAUGUAAUGGUCACAGCAGCACUUAGCUACACAGUUAGAUGGAAAGAUAAAUCAGCUGUUACCCUUCACAGACUAACGUGGUCAUUCCUCUGGAGCAUUUUUUGGAUUAUCCAGAUCAGUGUGUGCAUCUCAAGAGUAUUCAUAGCAACACAUUUCCCUCAUCAAGUUGUUCUUGGAGUAUUUGCUGGCAUUCUUGUGGCAGAAGCAUUUGAGCAUACCCCUGCUAUUCAGACAGCAAGCUUGAGAAUGUACAUCAAGACAAACUUGUUUCUUUUCAUCUUUGCCCUUGGCUUUUAUCUAUCCCUCAAGCUUCUUGAUAUUGACUUGCUAUGGUCCGUUCCAAAGGCCAAGAAGUGGUGUGCCAACCCAGACUGGAUAAACAUUGACACAACUCCAUUUGCUGGACUGGUGAGGAAUUUAGGUGCACUCUUUGGUUUAGGUCUUGGAAUUAAUUCUGAAAUGUUCAUCACAAGCUGCAAAGGUAAAAAUAGCUGCAAGAUAAGUUUCCGCAUAUUGUGUAUAGCUGCUUCUUUAGCUACCCUGCAGCUGUAUAAUUUUGUAAAGAUACCUACUCAUACUGAGUAUUUGUUCUACAUUCUCUCCUUUUGUAAGAGCGCAGCUAUGCCUCUGACUGUGGUUGCCUUGGUUCCGUACUGUGUCCACUCGUUAAUGAGGACAACUGAAAAGAAACUUAAUUAGGUAAAGUUUCAAAAUGGUUAGCAAGAUGGGGAUGGAUGUGAACUGUUUGAGAACCCUCUGCAAAGGCAGUUUUGCUAAUUCAUUUAAACUAAGGGGAUGCCACUGCAUCUUUGAUGUACUCCUGGUAAGUAACCAGUACAACCAAAAUCAGUACACUCAAGCAGCUGAGAAAUAUAUUAGUUGCUGAUUUUAUUCCUAGAAAUAUUGCAAGCACACUGCAGUAUGGUUAGAAAUGGACCAAUACUCUGGGUCAUAAUGAAGUUUUAAAGUAUAACCCACCAUCUUUAUUUAGCUAUAUGGUGGUCUUUUGGUUCUGUCCAUCUCUAGCUAGAUAAUGCUUCAAGCAUCAGUUGUACAUAGUGAUACUCAAUAUUUCAUUUUUUAUAAAUAGAUACUGUAUGUUAUACUGCUACAUAAUGGUGGGACAGUAUCACACCACCUACUGUACGGCUCUACCCAGGCACUGUGAAAAAGGCCAGCAUAGUUAUAAACAAGGCUUUAGAUUUAAUUUAUUGAGCUUCCUGAGCAAACCAGCUUCUGAUUAAGUCAGAUGAGAAAAAAAAAAUGUUUAUUUCCACUGGACUCUGUAAAAUAUAUUUUUGCAUUACUGUGUGGUUUUUGUCAUUUUUACUUUCUGAAAGUGGUCACAUGAAUCAUGAAUGAUACAGAUCACACCUUCAAUAGGAAAAAUGCUUUAAUAUGGUGUAAAAAAUAUUUGGUUUCUGUACAUCUACACAGAACAACAAAUGAAAAAAGUUGUCAGUAAUGAAAUUAUCUCAGUAUAUGAUCUCAAGAAUAUUGUUCAUGCUGCUGUAUUGCAAAGAUAAUUCACUGCUCAUUUUCUCAGAUCAACAGUCACAAGCCUGAAUCACUGUUAGUAGUUGUGUAAAUCAUGAAAACGUGGUUGCACACUGUCACUUCAAGUUUCUAGUCUUUGUUUAACUAAGCACACCAGUAACUAAUAUGUUGAAUAUAUGUUUGCUAUAUAAAAUGGAUUUUCUAAAGGGGUACUUCCCAUUUUAUUCAUUAUUUUUCAUCUAUUGUAUAUUUCCUUUCAGUGCACAAUCUUUAAGUAGUAUUUUGCUGAUACCAUCCCAUAAAACUCUCUCUCUUUCUGUCUAUAUGUUAUAUAGCCUAUGCUGGGCUACAAUAGGAGUAAUGAGGCCUGCAUAUAUAUGAUCUGAAAGCAAUAAGGCUUAGAAGAUGUAAACAUGAUAUUGCUUCUAGGCUUCCAAUUAGAUAAGAGGUAAUUGAAAGAAUCUUAUUUAAUUGGGUAAACAAGGUGAAUAGUUUGGUGUUGGCCUUUGGGAAUGAACAAGAUACAAAUUACAGAAGCAAAUCUGAAACAGACCUCCUUAAUUAAGAGCCCAUUAAGACUACCAUGACUUUAAAAAAUUAAUCAUCUGCUUUUAAGUCUGAUAAGUAUUCUGCUUCAUGUAUCUCCUGAUAUCUUCUCUAAUGGUUCUCAAACUUUUUCCCACAGCAGCUAACCUGAAACCACUCUUUUCUAUAAUUGUGACUCCUUAAGCAAAAUCACUAGGUUCAUGGGAUGAGACACAAUGAGGAACAAAGAUAGCUAUGAGAAAGAUUUCAGCUGUGUUCAAGUUGCUGUGUACUUUGUUAUUCCCUGCCAUGUGAGAUGACCUAAAGAGGCAUUGCAGAGCAGUAGCAGGCUGAUUGAGUUGUUGUUGUGUUCCUGGCUCCUCCUAGCCAGCAGUAGGAGAUUAUUCAUGCACAGCUGUCCAAGGUGCUCACAGUAGUAUUUGCAUUUAGUGGCUAUUUGAAGCUGGGGUUAUGGGUAGAGAUCACAUUUCUAGGUUUCUAAUGAGAGAAAUGAGAGUGAGAGUCUCUGUUUCCCAACACUGACAAAGAAUCUUGGUGCUUCUCUUGUAAUAGAGUGACAGCUGGCAUUCUGCAGUAUUCUUCUAAGCUCUGUAAAGACAUGUAGGAAGAUGUGGGCUCUCAUUCACUUUCUUGGAGUGUCCUGUUAGUUCAUUCUGUAAUUUCAGUGCUUCAGGGAAAAGGACAUUGAACAUCUUACUGUCUGAACCACUUCUUAAUUCUUCUUCAACUGUUAAAACAUUACUAAAUCAAAGAAUGGUGAUAUUACUUUGAAUAAUAUCAAAUUAAUAAAUUUAUUGUAAUUUUGCUAGUAACUUCAGAUAAUGCAAUGCCUAUAGGACACUUUCUGAGCAGCUGAGCGUGUUGUGUUAUGGAGAUUUGUAUAAGAGCUUGAAGAAUCUCCAAAGAGAGCUCUCAAAUCUUCCAACAGAGUUAGCCUUUUCCAGAGUGGUGGAAUAGAAAAGUGUCAAGAUGAUCGUGAUAUUUUGAUAGAAUUAGAAUUGAAAAUCAGGGCCAGGCAUGUAGUUGUUGCAGUGAAAUAAACCUGCAUGUCCCUUACUCAGGCUUCAGUAAAUUUAUUUGAGUCAAAAAUUACAGUCCAGGCCUUAUUUUAAUAGACUGUGUGACCUUACUAAGAGCUCAAAUUGUUAAACAUUUAAGCUGUAAUUUCACCAGGCCUUUGCAGCCUUUGAAUUAUUAAUAUUUGGAACAGAUACAGCACAUAUACUCUUGCAGGAAGCGCUAGCAACUCAGCUUAGUAUGGGCCACAAACCUUUUGAAUUAAGGUUUUCUUAUGUAAUAAAGUGAGUGGAAAGUGUAGGACUGAUCCCCUUGCUCCCACUAGUAGGAUCCUAGGAGAAAUUUAACCUUUUAUUCUUGACUUAGAGAUGUCAAAUAAUUCCUGACUUAGAGAAGCCCAUAGUAGCAUUGGGAAAAUGCUAUUCCAGAAGUACUUCCACCUCUCUGCAGAAAGAUUCUCAUGAGGCAGGAGUUAUAUGAAGUGAAGCUGUCCCUUGCUUCUCAUACAAACUAGCUGACAAGUUGUCAUUACAUUCACUUCACAACACUCAUGCUACUAUGCAGCUAUUUCUUUUUAUCCUUCUCAUUCCCUGUUUAGCCUUCCUGGUGGAGGGACUCUGGGCCCAGACACGCUUCUACCCAGAGGAGUCUAGUUGGAGCAGGAGCUGUAUUUGCAGACCAGUUACUCAGGUGCUAUCCCAAAACAGUAUCAUGGUUAUAUCUGCCUAGAGGAAUAGGGUGUUUGAAAAUGCAGCUGCCAUGGACCAUGCAGAGAAGCAUACAGCAGGAGACACCAAAUGACACCAUCUACUGUCAAGACUAAUAAGUCAGGUCUGGCUUGAAAGGUGUAAGCAAAUGACUUUGGAAUGGUUUGGGAAUAUUGUCACCAAGACCCAGGGCUGGGAUAUUUUACUGGUGAGGCAGCUACAGCAGCAAGACCAGUCCAGCUCUGCACUGAGCAUUCCAUCAAGGCAUCCAAUACACAGUGAGUGCAUUCUGUUGGAGUAGCACCCUUCCCAAAAUUUAGGUCUCUGUUUCCCAGCUGCCUGGAAAGACGAUAAUGUUACACUGAAGAGCAGCAGCACAAUCACCCAGCUUGGGCUGGGUCCUGUGCUCCUGCAGGGAGACAGCCUGCUCCUGUGCAGGCAGGAGUUGGCCUUCUCAGCAGCUCCAUCCUGAACAGCAAACCCUUGUCAAAGACAUGAUACUUGCUGGCUGAUGCCACAUACUCAUGUCCUUAGCUGAAGGGUAAGAGAAGAAAUGCUAGAGCACAAGAGCCUGUAAAAAAAUACAAUUUAUUGGUUUAAUUUGGGUCACAAAGGUAUUGCCCUUUAGGAAAAAGAA